CUCCUGGCUCCGGGCUCCGGGAAGCGGCUUCAGCACCAGGGACAGAGCCCGCCGGAGCCGCGCCCGCCAUGGCCAGCGAGGCCCAUGACCUGCAGGAGCUGCGGCGAAGCGCCUCGCUGGCCACCAAGGUCUUUGUGCAGCGGGACUACAGCGACGGGACCCUCUGCCAGUUCCAGACCAAGUUCCCCCUGGAGCUGGACAGCCGGCUCGAGCGGCAGCUCUUUGAGGAGACAGUGAAGACCCUCAAUGGCUUCUACGCCGAGGCCGAGAAGAUCGGGGGCAGCUCCUACCUGGAGGGGUGCCUGGCGUGUGCCACGGCCUACUUCAUCUUCCUCUGCAUGGAGACCCACUACGAGAAGGUGCUGAAGAAGAUCUCCAAGUACAUCCAGGAGCAGAACGAGCAGGUGUAUGCGCCCCGGGGCCUGCUGCUCACCGACCCCGUGGAGCGAGGCAUGCGGGUCAUUGAGAUCUCCAUCUACGAGGACAGAUGCGGCAGCACCAGCAGCGGCAGCACCAGCAGUGGGGGCGGGGGGGGUCGGUGA